AUGGUCUAUUUUUUUUUUCCUGUUCUUUGUCUUUACUUUCUGUUUUUGUUUUUUUCUCUUCUAAUUUCAUUUUUUCUCUUUCUGUUUCACUUUACAUUUUUUUUUUUCUAUUCCCCUUCCCUUUUCGUUCUUUUUCCAUUGCUCUUUGCCUUUCGUUCUUUUUCCAUUGCUCUUUCUUUGCUUUUUCCAUUGUUCUUUUUUUUUCCAUUGCUCUUUUGCCUUUCGUUUUUUUUUCCAUUGCUUUUUGCCUUUCGUUCUUUUUUCCAUUGCUCUUUGCUUUUUUCGUUCUUUUCCAUUGCUCUUCGCCUUUUCGUUCUUUUUCCAUUGCUCUUCGCCUUUUCGUUCUUUUUCCAUUGCUCUUUGCCUUUUCGUUCUUUUUCCAUUGCUCUUUGCCUUUUCGUUCUUUUUCCAUUGCUCUUUGCCUUUUUCGUUUUUUUUUCCAUUGCUCUUUGCCUUUCGUUCUUUUUCCAUUGCUCUUUGCCUUUCGUUCUUUUUCCAUUGCUCUUUGCCUUUCGUUCUUUUUCCAUUGCUCUUUGCCUUUCGUUCUUUUUCCAUUGCUCUUUGCCUUUCGUUCUUUUUCCAUUGCUCUUUGCCUUUCGUUCUUUUUCCAUUGCUUUUCGCCUUUCUCCCCCUCUCUAUCUCUCGUUACGGUUUCCCUCCCCUCUCUCUCUCUCUCUCUCGUUGCGGUUUCCCUCCCUCUCUCUCUCUCUCUCUCGUUGCGGUUUCCCUCUCUCUCUCUCUCUCGUUGGUUUCCCUCUCUCUCUCUCUCUCGUGCGGUUUCCCUCCCUCUCUCUCUCGUUGCGGUUUUCCCUCCUCUCUCUCUCGUUGCGGUUUCCUCCCCCUCUCUCUCUCUCUCGUUGCAGUUUCCUCCCUCUCUCUCUCUCUCUCGUUGCGGUUUCUCCCUCUCUCUCUCUCUCUCGUUGCGGUUUCCCUCCCUCUCUCUCUCGUUGCGUUGGUUUCCCUCCCUCUCUCUCUCGUUGCGGUUUCCCUCCCUCUCUCUCUCGUUGCGGUUUCCCUCCCUCUCUCUCUCGUUCUUGGUUUCCUCCCUCUCUCUCUCUUCCCGGUUUCCCUCCCUCUCUCUCUGGGUGCCAGUUUCCCUCCCUCUCUCUCGUUCUGGUUUCCUCCCCUCUCUCUCUCGUUGCGGUUUCCUCCCUCUCUCUCUCGUUCAGUUUCCCUCCCUCUCUCUCUCGUUGCAGUUUCCCCCUCUCUCUCUGUUCUGGUUUCCCUCCCUCUCUCUCUCGUUGUGGUUUCCCUCCCCCUCUCUCUCUCUCUCUCUCUCUCGUUCUUGUUUCCCUCCCUCUCUCUCUCUCUCUCGUUGGUUUCCCUCCCCUCUCUCGUUCUGCAGUUCCCCUCCCCUCUCUGGUUGUGGUUUCCCUCCCUCUCUCGUUCUUGGUUUCCCUCCCUCUCUCGUUGCGGUUUCCCUCCCUCUCUGGUUUGCGGUUUCCUCCUCUCUCUCUCUUUACGGUUCCCCUCUCUCUUUACAGUUCCCCUCUCUCUUUACAGUUCCCCUCUCUCUUUACAGUUCCCCUCUCUCUUUACAGUUCCCCUCUCUCUUUACAGUUCCUCUUUACAGUUCCCCUCUCUCUUUACAGUUCCUCUUUCUGGCCCCUCUCUCUCUUUACAGUUCCUCUCUUUUUCUUUACAGUUCUUCUUGUUCUUUACAGUUCUUCUUGUUCUUUACACUUCUUCUCUCUUUACAGUCCUCUCCCUCCCUCUCUCUCUCUCAGCUCUCCAAUUCCUUCCUUUUUAUUUGUCUGUUUCUCUGCUUCCUCUCUCUAUCUGAAUAAAUUUUUUUCUCCUCUCUCUCAUACUCUCCCAUUAUCUCUAUUUCCUGCCCACUCUCUGUUAUAUGUUUUCUUUUUUUCGAGUUUUAUAUCCUGCCCACUCUUGCCCUCUGUGUGUGUCUGUGUUUUUUUUGUUUUUGAUGUCUCCCUACUUACUGUGAUCAAGCAGCCUCCACUCUGUCUCUGUUUCUUUGCUGAUUUAAUCCCGCCCUCUCUCGAUUUCUUUGCCAAUUUUAUCCCACCCUUCUACUAUUUCUUUGCUGAUUUCUCACCAUCCUUUCUCUAUUUCUUUCAUGUAUAUCUCCUGCCCAUUUUGUCUUUCCCCACUCUGCCUGCCCAUUUUGUCUUUCCCCACUCUGCCUGCCCAUUUUGUCUUUCCCCCACUCUGCCUGCCCAUUUUGUCUUUCCCCCUCUGCCUGCCCAUUUUGUCUUUCUUUCCCCACUCUGCCUGCCCAUUUUGUCUUUCCCCCACUCUGCCUGCCUGUCUUUCUUUCCCCACUCUGCCUGCCUGUCUUCUUUUCCCCACUCUGCCUGCCUGUCUUUCUUUCCCCACUCUGCCUGCCUGUCUUUCUUUCCCCACUCUGCCUGCCUGUCUUUCUUUCCCCACUCUGCCUGCCUGUCUUUCUUUUCUGCCCCACUCUGCCUGCCUGUCUUUCUUUCCCCCACUCUGCCUGCCUGUCUUUCUUUUCCCCCACUCUGCCUGCCUGUCUUUCUUUCCCCCCUCUGCCUGCCUGUCUUUCUUUCCCCACUCUGCCUGCCUGUCUUUCUUUCCCCCACUCUGCCUGCCUGUCUUUCUUUCCCCACUCUGCCUGCCUGUCUUUCUUUCCCCCACUCUGCCUGCCUGUCUUUCUUUUCCCCCUCUGCCUGCCUGUCUUUCUUUCCCCACUCUGCCUGCCUGUCUUUCUUUCCCCACUCUGCCUGCCUGUCUUUUUUUCCCCACUCUGCCUGCCUGUCUUUGUUUUCCCCACUCUGCCUGCCUGUCUUUUUCUUCCCCCCCUCUGCCUGCCUGUCUUUCUUCCCCCCCUCUGCCUGCCUGUCUUUCUUUCCCCACUCUGCCUGCCUGUCUUUCUUUCCCCACUCUGCCUGCCUGUCUUUCUUUCCCCACUCUGCCUGCCUGUCUUUCUUUCCCCACUCUGCCUGCCUGUCUUUCUUUCCCCACUCUGCCUGCCUGUCUUUCUUUCCCCACUCUGCCUGCCUGUCUUUCUUUCCCCACUCUGCCUGCCUGUCUUUCUUUCCCCACUCUAAUAAAAGGCUGUUUGAUGAAAAGGAGAAGCCCCUACAGAAAAAAGUGGGAGAGCUUCAGUCCCAGGUUUUGAAAUUGGAGCGGAAGACUAUGAUAUUGAAGUCAGAGAAUGAAUCAUUGAAAAAGAAGCAAGAAGAUCAUAAAUCACGGGAGGAGAAACUUAAGUCUCUGCGUAAACGAAACGCAGAGCUGGCCGGCAUUGCUCGGAGACUGGAAGAAAAAGCCAAAACUCUCCAACAGCAAAAUCUUAAGAAAUCCGAAGUCCAGGAUGCAGAUCACAUUAAAAAACUUUACCAGCGACAGCGCACACGGGAAAAUGCUGUGCAUACAAAAAUAUUCUGUUCUAUCCUUUUUUAUUCUCUUUCUUUCAAAUUUCCCUUUUCUUUCUUUUCCCAUUCCUUUCUUCCCCUUUCUCUCGUUCUCUCCCUUUCUUCCCCUUUCUCUCGUUCUCUCCCUUUCUUCCCCUUUCUCUCGUUCUCUCCCUUUCUUCCCCUUUCUCUCGUUCUCUCGCUUUCUCGUUCUCUUUCUCCCUCUCUCACCCUUUCUUGUCUUUCUUUCUUUUUUCUGAUGUUGAACUUCUCUCUCUCUCUCUCUCUCUCCUUGAGGAACCUUGACUUCUCUCUCUCUCUCUCUCUCUCCUUGAGGAACCUUGACUUCUCUUUCUCUCUCUCUCUCUCCUUGAGGAAGCUUGACUUCUCUCUCUCUCUCUCUCCUUGA